AUGCUUCCGCAACUUCCUGUCCUCCGCGACUACGAUGUCUCACCACGGAACGGCUUUCUUCCGGACGAGAUUCCCCUCGAAGUUCUUCCCGAUGCGUACUACAGACCAUGGGAGACCGUUGUACUUAACUUUCAGAAGUUGAUACUUGCAAAGCGAUUACGCCAAAUCAUCGAGAACCUGCCAAUUCUCGAGACCGACCUACUCCUCACGGAAGCUGAAUGGCGGCGAGCAUACUCCAUCCUUGGCUUCAUGGCCCAUGGCUAUAUUUGGGGUGGAGAGAAGCCUGCUGAUGUAAGUGUGUGCUUAUGGAACUGGCAACCUCUCUUCAGGGACGCACCAAUGGACACUCUCGACAACCUCUCCACUCAGAUGACCUUCACAGGCUCAAUGGACGAGUCAUGGUUUUACCUAGUCUCAGUAGCGAUUGAAGCAAGAGCAGGACCCAUCGUACCGCUGAUGCUUGACGCCAUUGCAGCAGCACGGCACAACGAAAUCAACGUCGUGACAAAGGCACUGCGUUCUUUCGCCGAGCGACUCGACGAGCUCGGCGCCCUCCUCGAGCGCAUGUACGAAAGCUGCGACCCCCACGUCUUCUACCACCGGAUCCGCCCCUACCUCGCCGGCAGCAAAAACAUGUCCGACGCCGGCCUCCCCCGCGGGGUCAUAUUCGACGACGGUACCGGCACCCAACCCUACGUGCAGUUCAGCGGCGGCAGCAACGCGCAGUCCUCCAUCAUCCAAUUCUUCGACAUCGUGCUGGGCGUCGAGCACCGUCCUACCGGCGAGAAGCCAUCCCCUAACCCCUCUUCCUCCUCCUCUCAUGAUUCUGGCGCAGUGCAAUCGCCGCCCCACGGCUUCAUUCAAGACAUGCGCCGCUACAUGCCCGGCCCCCACCGCCGCUUCCUCUCCCACAUGGAGCAGGUUGCGAAUAUCCGCGAGUUCGUUAACUCGCACCGAGACGACCGCGCGCUGACGACCGCGUACGAUGCAUGUCUCGCCAUGCUCCGCUCGCUCCGCGAUAAACACAUCCAACUCGUGUCACGCUACAUCAUCGUCAAGUCGCGCGAGCAGACUCGCUCCCUAUCCCCACAGUCCGCCCCAUCGUCGAAAAUCAACCUCGCGAACACGCUUGCCAGGGGUGGUAGUAAGAAAUUGCGUGGCACGGGCGGUACGGCGCUCAUUCCGUUUCUCAAGCAGGCGAGGGAUGAGACGGGCGAGCCGGCGAUCGAUGCGUGGGCGAAGCGGUUGUUGAAUAACGGACCAGGGGAUAUUGGGGUUGGUGCGUUUGAAGGGGGGAAGAUGGCGGAAGGAGGGAUUGUGGGGUUGGCAGGCACGUGGAAGGUUGAUGAUAGUGAGGGUGGGAUAUGUCAUUGGUAG